UCCUAUUAUAAAUAGACCUUCCAUUUUUGCUCUAUAUCUUGUCUCUACCUCAGUGACACAAACCCAAAGAGUAUUGAGAAAAACAAGAUCGAUGAACUCAACAAAGACGAUGAAGCUAUUAAAUGUCAUGGCUGCCUUUGCAGGGAUGGUUCUUGUGGGAAUGGUUGUGUCAUCAGAUGCUCAGCUUCAAAUGAAUUUCUACGCCAAAAGCUGUCCAAAAGCAGAGAAAAUAAUUUCGGAUCACAUUGAAAAGCAUAUCCAUAGUGGUCCUUCUUCUCUUGCAGCUCCUCUCAUCAGAAUGCACUUCCAUGAUUGCUUCGUCAGGGGAUGUGAUGGAUCAGUGUUGAUAAAUUCAACAUCUGGGAACGCAGAGAAAGAUGCACCACCAAAUCUAACACUUAGAGGAUUCGGUUUCGUAGAGAGAAUAAAGACUAUUCUUGAAGCAGAGUGUCCUAAGACUGUAUCCUGCGCUGAUAUCAUCGCUUUGACCGCUAGAGACGCAGUUGUUGCCACCGGAGGUCCUUGGUGGAGUGUUCCGACCGGAAGAAGAGACGGUAGGAUCUCAAAUUUGACCGAGGCUACGAACAACAUUCCCCCGCCAACUAGUAACUUCACCACGUUACAACGACUUUUCGGUAACCAAGGCCUUAGUCUCAAAGACCUUGUCCUACUCUCCGGGGCUCACACUAUUGGUGUCUCGCAUUGUUCUUCCAUGAAUACUCGUCUCUACAACUUCUCGACGACGGUCAAACAAGAUCCAGCUCUGGACAGCGCGUACGCAGCGAACCUAAAGGCCAACAAAUGCAAGAGCCUCAACGACAACACCACCAUCAUCGAGAUGGAUCCAGGUAGCCGUAAAAGCUUUGAUCUCAGUUACUACAGGCUUGUCCUGAAGAGGAGAGGUCUCUUUCAGUCUGAUUCUGCUUUGACCACGAACUCAGCCACGUUAAAGAUGAUCAACGACUUGGUCAACGGUUCUGAAGAGAAGUUUUACAAGGCUUUCGCUAAGUCAAUGGAGAAGAUGGGGACAGUUAAAGUGAAGACGGGCUCAGCCGGUGUGAUCAGGACAGUUUGUUCUGUUGCCGGAAGUUAACUAGCCUUGUCGGAAAGCGGUUUUAUGUUCUGUUUUACAAAUUGUUCAUUGUUGUUAUAUUUUGACUCUUGAGUGUAAAAGUGUUGUUUUUUUUUUUUGAGAAAAAGUGUUGUUAAUUUGAUUUCAAUGUUUGAUUUGGGUUUAUGGCAUGCACCCAAAAAAAAUUUCUGUUUGUGGUUCAAUUAAAAUGAAAUUUUUAAUAAAUAUC